AUGGUCUCGGUAACCUUGUCUCUCUUUGUUGCUGGGCUUAGCUUUUUGCCUUCAGUCAUUGCCAGGCCCAGUAACCUACGCCGCGACGAUAUCCCGAAGUUCCCCUACGAUCCCAACACCACCCCGUACUGUACGUGGUGGAUGGAUAACGAUGGCUCCACUAACUGUCAGGACAUUCCUGAUUUCUGGGCUAUCUCGCUUGACGACUUUAGGCGAUGGAAUCCGUCAAUUACUGCCUCUUGUGGCGGCUUUGAAGUUGGCAAAUCGUACUGUGUAGAGGCGUAUGGGGAACCUGCACCCACCACUACCAUUUCCCCAACUUCGACUUCGACUUCAAUUUCAACUUCAACCUCGACUACUCAAAGCAUGACAACCGCCACGGCAACUAUCACAACUGUCACCCCACCCACCACCUCUGGCAAUGGCAUUGCAACACCAACUCCCACUCAGCCGGGGAUGGUGUCCAACUGCAAUAAGUUCUACAAAGUCACAGAUGAUGAUGGUUGUGAGACUAUCGCCGACAAGAAUGGCAUUACUCUGUCAGAUUUCUAUCUAUUCAACACCCAGGUUGGCACCGAUUGCUCAACUCUCUGGACGGAUUAUUAUGUUUGUGUCGCUAUUAUUGGAACCACAACCACAGCGAGUGCAACAACAACAACAACAAAAGCCACAUCCACAUCCACAAACGGAAUUUCCACUCCAACUCCCACUCAGCCGGGGAUGGUGUCCAACUGCAAUAAGUUUUACAAGGUCACAGACGAUGACGGGUGCCAGACUAUCGCCGACAAGAAUGGCAUUACUCUGUCAGAUUUCUAUCUAUUCAACACCCAGGUUGGCACCGAUUGCUCAACUCUCUGGACGGAUUAUUAUGUUUGUGUCGCUAUUAUUGGAACCACAACCACAGCGAGUGCAACAACAACAACAACAAAUGCCACAUCCACAUCCACAAACGGAAUUUCCACUCCAACUCCCAUUCAACCGGGUAUGGUCUCAAACUGCGACGCAUUCUAUUACGUUCAAUCCGACGACGUGACAUGCGCACAGAUCGCACACGACAACGGAAUUAGUCUAUUACAGUUCUAUACCUGGAAUCCCACUGUCGGGGCCGACUGCGGCAGUCUCUGGACUAGCUACUAUGUCUGCAUCUCUAUUGUUGGAGUGACGCCAUCCCCUUCCACCAUUGCUACUACCACUACGAAGGCGACGGCCACGACCUCAGCGGGCAAUGGAGUGGCAACCCCGACGCCAAUUCAACCUGGCAUGACAACAUCUUGUAAAACAUUCCACAAGGUAGUCAACGGAGAUGAAUGUGGCGCGAUUGCUACUAAUGCCAAGAUCGCCUUGGCUAAUUUCUUAAAGUGGAAUCCGCAAGUAGGUAGUGAUUGUUCCAGUUUAUGGUUGGAUUACUAUGUCUGCGUCGGUGUGUUGUGA